AUGCAGCCAAUGCCUCUGGCAGACCUUGCCUAUCUCCUAGACCAGCCCCGCCGUUCCACGCCAACCGUGCCCCCGGGCCUUUCUGCUCCCAUCAGCAGGGUGGGAACUCCGUCCAGUGCGCCCAUACGUCCCCCUCCGGGUAUUUCAACUCCGCAUGCAGCGACGCCGCAGGCAAUCACACCGGCGGUGCCUGACCUUCCUUUGCCGACGUCCCGCUCCGGCACGCCGGCGAGAAAGAACACGAAGGAGAGUGAACGUAGUAAGGCAACCGAAGUCAGCGCUGAAGCCUCCAAGACGCCAACCAUCACCAAGUCUAUCCCAGGUAAAGCCCAAGCAGCGGUUGCCACUCCGACCAUGGCCAGAGCGGACCUAGCGGCAAAAAUUGAAACCCCCAAGGUUGGUGACAAGACCAAGAGCAAGACUAGGGGCCCUGAUGCCGAUAACGCGCCCGUCACCCCGUCGAGGCCUGCGGAAGAGAACCAGCCGUCUCCUGUCAAAACCAUUGCUCAAGUCGUUGCGUCAGAGCCAAAAUCUAGUAGCGUGCCGCCUUCCCCUCUGAAGGCAAAGCAAACAUCUUCGGUUGCUAAGCAAGAAAUGAAGUCAGCAAUGUCCAGCACCAAGCGACAGCAUCCCGGGCCUUUGCAGAUUCCCAAGAAGGAGUCACUGGGAUCUGAUAGCGUCGUUUCUGCUUCUACCGACCCUGCGGCAAAGAAUCCUCGUGCCAUGUCAAUUACUGCCGAGUCGACGUCACGCCCAGGAACACCCACUGGCGCCACCACUACGGGAUCGCCCCUGAAGCGAACGGGGCCUCAAAUCAUGCGCAUCACAAACACGCCUAAGGCGGAAACGCCGCCGGUAUUCAAUACGUCGUCUUCUGCCCCCGUGACCGCCGCGAUGCCUCCCGGUGUAGCCAGCAUCCGCUCGAGGCAGCCCAGCGUCGCCUCGAUCAACCCGCCGGGCACACCGCAGAGCGAGUUCGUUUCCGACAACGCCUCGAUGACUUCGACGUCCAUGUCACGUACCAACUCUCCCCCACCUGCCAGCAGGAUCGGCUCGGCACCCCAGCGGACCAAGACGAAGAGCCAGGCCAAGAAGGAAAGGCAAGAGCGCGCUCGUCAGAUGACAGAAGUCGAGUUGGGGCUGAAGGAGUCUCGCGCCCCUAGCGAAGAGCCGGUGAUCGAGGGCAUCCAGACGCGCAAGAAGAAAGAGAAGAAGGCCAAGCCGAUCAAGACGCCUAAGACUACGGUUUCCACGCCUGCUGAGAGCCGCACGGGCACGCCGGGUUCAGUGGAGAAGGCACCGGUGUCUGAAAAUAACGAAGCCGAGAGCAUCACCGUCAUCGCCGCCGAGAAGGAGAAGGAAAAGCCCGUGGAAGCCGUCAUCGAGGAGGCUCCUCCCGCCGCAAUUCCCGUCUCCGUUCCCGUCUCCGCUCCCGCUCCGGCCGCCCCUAUCCCCACCCCCGCAACAGCAACCGUAGCAGCAGCAGCAGAGCAGCACUCCUCCCCCAACAGCAGCAGCAGCAAACCGCAGCAGCAGCAACAGCAGCAGCCGGCCCCUCCCGGCGCCGCCCCCGCCUCUCCAGCCAUCACGUCGGCCUCCAUCAUCGCGAAGCUCCAAGCCGAAGGCGCCGUCACGCACGAGAAGCUCGAAAACAUGUUCAAGUCCUUCCCGCAAGGGGGGCCCAACGAGCGGCAGAUGACGCUCCAGGACGUGCCCAACCGCGACCGGCAGUACGCGCUCUCGGACGAGGCGAUCAGGGGCGUGCUCGAGCGGGGGGAGCACCACCGCCUGGGCGGCGAGGACGGCCGCGUGUCGUCGCGGGUGCUGGUGACGCCGGAAGGGACGAUCCUGCGGGGGCUGACGCGCGAGGAGGAGGAUCGGUAUCUGGAGCUGGAGGAGACGGUCAGGAGGGGGUCGGGCAGCGGUGGUGGCAGCAGCGGGGGCGGCAACGCGCAUUACCGGUGGACGUCGACGCGGGAGCCCGUCUUCGACCUCGAGCGCAUCGUGCGCAACCUCAACGUCCGCGCCGUCGUCGACAAGAGCAACACGCUCCGCCAGACGCAGGCCGCGCUGCAAAAGGCCGCCCAGCAAGCCGCCGCCGCCGUGCACCACCACCACAACAACACCACCAACUCCUCUUCUUCCUCCUCCUCAUCCUCCUCCUCCACCUCCCCCCCGACCGCCGCCGCCGCUGCCGCUGCCGCUGCGGCCGCGGCAAAGCUCUUCGACGAAGCCGCAAACUACAACGACGAGUUCAUCAUGCCCUCCAGCCCGACCCUGCCCGUGCUCGCAGACGACCCGCUACCGCCGCCCGCCGCCGUCGACACCGCAGAGCAGCUCCUACACCGCGGCAGCAACAACAACAACAACAACAACAACAACAACGCCGCCGCCGCCGCAAACCUCAGCGCAUCCACCAGCUCCACGGCAUCCACCAGCAUCGCCGUCGGCGGCGCCGGCGGCAACAUCAACAUCAACUUCCCACCACCGCAGCAUCACGGCGUCGUCGGCGCCGGUCGCGGGAACAGCAAUAGCAAUGUCAACGACGUCGGUGGUGGUAGUAGUAGUACUGGCGGUGGCGCCGGCAGCGGCAGCAGUCUGCUCGCGGCCCCGUUCGAGAGCCACUACAUCCACGUCAACGGCAUCGCGCUGUCGGACGCGGCGGCGCCGGUGCUGGGCAUCGAUUUGCUGGGGAGGAACGGGCUGGUGUUUCAAGGCGGUGGUGUCGGUGGUGUUGGUGGUGGUGGCGUCGUUCCUGUCCCCGGGGUGGCGGUGCCGAAGAGCGGGGGCCCGGUGCUGGCGUUGCAGGAGAUUGAGCGCGAGCUCAACGUCGAGAAGCAGCGCGCGAACGAGUUUACGAAGAAGUUGAACGCCGCGAUUAAGCGGAAUAGGAAGGUUGUGGGGGCUGCUGCUAAUGCAGCGGCGGCGGCGGCGGGGGGGCACUGA